AACGAUAUCCAUUAUUAGUACCAAUUACUCUAUCCCUCUCUAUUCAGGCGACUUGAAGCCAGGAUCGGAAGUAAAGAUUACUGGACCUGUUGGUAAAGAAAUGCUUAUGCCAAAAGAUCCUAAUGCCACCGUCAUCAUGGUAUAUUACCUAAUCGUGUCUUCAUCUUAACUGAAAAAAUAUAUUCUGAGACCUUUAUGUGGUCAUAAUUUUUGCUUUGAUCGUUAAAAUUUUCCCCACAGUUGGCAACUGGUACUGGAAUUGCCCCAUUUCGCUCCUUUUUAUGGAAAAUGUUUUUCGAGAAGCACGAUGAUUACAAGGUAAGCAUAAUCGCCAAAACUUACCAAGAGUCAAGUAUUAAUAGUUGUAGUUAUACAUAACAAUAGGCAAAAUAACAUAAGAACUGAAGUAUUAUCAGAAAUGUUAAAUGUACAUGUACGUGACCAAAUUUGAUUAUUUAACUGAAUUUUGGCAUAUAUGAUAUGUGUAGUUCAAUGGUUUGGCAUGGCUCUUCUUGGGUGUCCCAACAAGCAGCUCAUUACUUUAUAAAGAGGUAAGAUGAAUUAAACUUUUGUUUUUACUGAGGAACAUCUAAUGUAUGGUGUCUACAAUGAGAAGGCUGAUAAAUCUUUCUGGGACACAUGAUGAUACAACUCAAACGAUGUGGAACAGGAAUUUGAAAAGAUGAAGGAGAAAGCACCUAACAACUUCAGGCUUGACUUUGCUGUGAGUAGAGAGCAAACAAACGAAAAAGGAGAGAAAAUGUACAUCCAAACCCGAAUGGCUCAAUAUGCAGAAGAGCUAUGGGAAUUGCUAAAGAAAGAUAAUACUUAUGUUUAUAUGUGUGGACUGAAAGGGAUGGAAAAGGGUAUCGAUGACAUAAUGGUGUCGUUGGCUGCAAAAGACGGUAAGAAACAUUUUCCUUUGGUUACAGCAGAGAAUAAGAGUAACUUUAUUUUAUUCAUCAUGCUGUGUUUCGUUAUGCACUGUAGGUAUUGAUUGGGGUGAGUACAAGAGACAAUUGAAGAAAGCAGAACAAUGGAAUGUCGAAGUCUACUAAUUAAUUUCUGUUCACUAAUACACAUAACGAAGUCUCACCUUGUGCAGAAGAAUAUCUAUUUGCUUAUGAACAAGUUUCACUGCAACAGCCGUACAGGAAAUAAAUUUGAGGAUCAUGCAAUAUAGAUGGAAGAACAAGCUUCAAUGUGGAAUUUUGGCCCUUAAUAAUUUCAUUUAAUGAGAAUGAAACCUUCAUAUAAUAUCUUAGUUUUCUACUCUCAACAUCAAUAAACAGAGUAUGACUGUAUGAGACUUCACUUAAGAAAAACCAGAAUCAAAAUUUUCCCUCUUUGAAACCUUAAACUUAUAUUACAAAAUCUCUCUGCAUUCCAGCAAAUUCAUCAUUCAGAUUACUUUUUUUUCCCAUAAUUUGUCAUACGUUAGCAAUUAUUUCAAUAAAAAAUACAUAUAAAUUUUGAAUCCAAAAAAAAUGGAUGAAGACUUAAUUUUACUUAUUAAAAUACAAUCUUAAAUAUAGUUUCCAUCCUUAAAAAAAUAAUUAAUUAUGUUAUAUCAAAUGGUCAGGUCAAAUAAAUCACGGGUAUGUGAAACGAUUUAAUUUUGUUAUGCGAUGUUAAUAGUUAAUAGGAUAUAACUAAUAGCAAUGCCAUGUCAUGAGUUUAAUUUCUUAAUAUGUCCACUCACUUAUCAAUUACAGUCAUUACUCAAUUCAUGUAAGAUUAUAAAUGUUUGAAGAUAAGUAAGAAGGUGAUUCAUAUUGGAUAUAUUUUUUUAAUAAUAUAUUAUUGAAUUACUUAUAAUAAAUGAUCAGAUGAUGGUUGCUUCUUCAUUAAGGAUGCAGCUUUGUGUGAACAAGAUUCAAUGACGAGCUUACUGUAGUCUUCUUGCCUCCGAUCCCUCACAAUUCCAAAUGGAAGAACAUCCUAGCUCAUGGCUAUGAAAUACAUAUCUCAUAUGAUAAAUUCAGAAUACAAGUAUACUAAAAACGAACCGAGAUUGAUUAUAGUUAAAUGAUAAAAAUUAUACUACUAGAAAUGUGUAAGUAGAUUGAAUUCUUGUCAACUUUUGCGGCAUUUUGUGUAUGAAGUGAAGCAAAUUAUCAAAAUAAUCAAAUAGAAGACUUUAUUUUUAUUUUUUAUGUUAUCUAUCUGACCAAUACUCAGAUAUUGCGUCUCUUCAGAUAAUUCCUCACUUUCCCACACCCCCAAGAUACUGCAAGGGCCGUAAUAUUGUUCUGUUCAAAGUUUUGACCUUUCGUCAAUCCACAGGACAUUGAACUGUGAAAUAACGACUUUAAUUCAUGAUUGUUGCCCCCACAUUUGUAUGCACAUAAAAAUCAACUUGGUUUCUUGCAUCUCUGGUAACCUAAAAUGUUAUUUUUUAAAAAAAAUUGGGUCUCAACACGAAUGCGUGAUUCAUCGUCUUCUUUUUGGCUUUGGUUGGGACACAAAUUUGAAAACAACCCCAAAUUAAAUUGUUUUUGGCGUCGUACAAGUUUGCGAUUAUUCAACAAUUAAAUGAUUUUUCUUCUUCUUUUUGUCAAAUAUAUCAAGAGCAUUACAACAUUACACAAUAAAUAUACAAUAACACAUCAGAAGCAUUUCAUCUUUCAGGAUUUUGCAAACGAGCUUUAUUUAUACUUGUUUUUGGCCUUUACUGCACCUAGCGUACCCUGUAUCGUUUUAAAUGAACCGGGGUCUUGAUCGAACUUAAUCCCACGCUCCAAUGAUGAGUUUCUGGCUAUUUGGCAGUGUGGGCUGGACUAUAGUGCUGCUUCUGUCGACCCGUUCUUUCUCUUUUGGGCCACUUUCUCAUGUAACUCCAAUGCAGAUAGACAAGGCUGAAUGACAAAAAAAGAAGACACUUUGUCUAUAGUAUCACUUAUUCCAAAAUGAUGCUUAGAUGUUAAACUAGAUUGAUUUUUGGUUUUUAAAUAUUUAUUGGUAAAAGUGUCGCCUUUAGAUUGCAAACAGUAUUCUCCAUAAAAUUAUAAUCUAAGCUUUUUAACCAAUAACUAUGGUGUCACAAGAAACAAGGAAUCAAUUAUUCUGUACCAAUAGAGAAAGAAUAAAUUAUUAAAAAUGAGGGGAGAGGGCAUGUGAUGGAUCAUAUGGUGGAUGGUCAGUGUGAAGCAGGAAGAGUCACAAAGAGGAACAAAAAUCACAUGGGAAUUAGUACUUGUGCGAUAUAUUUGACCGUCCAUGUCUUAUACUGAUAUCGCUUGACCUGAAACAACCUCAGUUCCUAAUAUCGUACGUAACUUAAAAGGACAGUGGCUUGAAGUGCACGAGUAUCUAAGGUCCUUUCCUCAUUAUUUAUAUAAUUCCCUGUAUGUAAAUUCGUAGCCGUCCUUUCUCAGCUCCAAUUCAAAGCUUGCUUCCAUGGCUGGGGUCCUGUCACCACUGUUCUUGAUUCCUUCAAAAACCCUGCAUCUCCACCACCAUUAUUUUUGUCAUUUUAUAUUUAAGUUCCUUCAAUCUAGGGCCUAUGCAGAUUCUUCAUUAACAAAUCAUCAGACACUCUGCCGACCUCCACAUUCACGGUUCAGAAAUCAUAUUCCUAUCAUCAAAUUAUGUAAUCAUUUAUAUUAUAUUUCUUUAUAUCUCUUGAUGGUUUAUGCAUGCAUGUGCACUGCUCAAGUCAUCAGAUGGGCCCUCACCCGCACUCUCUGUUCUAUGGGCUGUGAUCCCAAUUGCACAUGGGCCCGCCUUAAAAUUCUCUAUAUUUAUUCUUCUUUUUUAAAAUAAAAUAAAAUAAAAUCUCUCUAUAUAUAGUCACUUCCCUCUCAACCCGCAUCUUACACUUUUUUCAAAUACCAUCCAACAAGGGGAACCAAAUUAUUCCAAUUCUCAUUUCCAUUUUUUUCCUUAUUCAUUUCCCAAUUUUCAACCAUGGCUUCUUCAACUCAAUUUCCCACCAUUUUGGUCACGUUAUAUUUGUUCCAAUUCCUAGCAGGUUCGUAUUCAACGACAUUCACAAUUGUUAACAAGUGCAGCUACACAGUUUGGCCCGGCAUUUUAUCCGGCGCCGGGACCUCGCCGCUCUCCACCACCGGCUUCGUCCUUCAACCCGGCGAGUCCAACGUCAUCCAAAUGCCACCCGCUUGGUCCGGCCGACUCUGGGGGAGGACCCACUGCUCCCAAGACGCCACCGGAAAUUUCUCCUGUGUCACCGGCGACUGUGGUUCCUCCACCGUAGAAUGCGCCGGCGGAAACGCGGCUCCGCCGGCCACACUUGCUGAAUUCACCCUUAACGGCGCCGGCGGGAUGGAUUUCUUUGACGUGAGCCUCGUCGACGGAUACAACCUCCCCAUGAUUGUAGAGCCUCAGGGCGGAACCGGCGCCGGGAACUGCACAACGACGGGUUGCGUGGUGGACUUGAACGCGGCAUGCCCGACGGAGCUCAAGGUGAUGGGUGGCGGCGACGGCGUGGCAUGCAAAAGCGCGUGCGAAGCUUUCGGGGAUCCGCAGUAUUGCUGCAGUGGCGCUUACGCGACGCCUGACACAUGCAAACCAAGUUCCUACUCGCAGUUCUUCAAGAGCGCGUGCCCACGCGCUUACAGCUACGCUUAUGACGAUGGCUCCAGCACCUUCACCUGUGCCUCUGCUGAUUACACCAUCACUUUCUGUCCCUCACCAUCCCCCAGUUCGAUUAAGUCGGGGAACGGGAAAUACCCAAUGGCGGUGGAGACUUCUGGAGUUAGUAACGUGGACAUGAAAGCUAACAACGUUAUGGCGGUGGCCGUUGUUUCUAUUCUGGUGUCGUUUUGGAGUUUACGGCAACUGAAUUAGGUGUCCCUGAAACGCCAAUGUGGUACAUGGGUGGUGAAUUUGGUGUGGACUGUGACUAUAUAUCUUUCUAAUAUGAGUAUGUAAUAUAGAGUGAAUGACGAUGCGAAUGGCUCAACUUGCAUCACGUGGAAUCAGGUUGGCAAGUUGAUGUUGAGCAAAAUUGAAUUAGCAGCUCUGCAAAGAUGGGCACUUCUCAACUUGAAUUAUUUGGGGAUGAUGUCUCGUGUCUGCAUCCGCCACUUACUAUUAGAGAUGCACGGACAAAAUUACACCGCUACCACUUGUUAGCUUCCACCUUACAACUUACAAGCCUUACGCCAUUCAGUGUUGUCCUCUAUCUCAAGAGACAAAGACAAGAGGGCAUUUUGGGAAUAAUAAUAUUAUUAUAUUUUUUAUUAAUAUCAUCGUCAAUUUGCCCCAGUUGUAAAUAUUAACAUCAACAUUACUCAAGUGAAUAACAAGUUCAAUUUUUAUUCGCUC